AUGGCCACCCUGCUCCGCAGCAAGCUGACCAACGUGGCCACCGCCGUGUCCAACAAGUCCCAGGCCAAGGUGAGCGGCGUGUUCGCCAGGAUGGGCUUCCAGGCGGCCACGGACGAGGAGGCGGUGGGGUUCGCGCACUGCGACGACCUGGACUACGAGCACCGCCAGGGGCUGCAGAUGGACGUCCUGAGGGCCGAGGGCGAGCCCCGCGUCGAUGGGGAUGAGGGCGCCGCCGAGCCGCCCGUCGAGGGAGACAUCCGUUACCAGCGCGGCGACGGCGCGCCCCUGCCGCCCUCCGGCUCCAAGGACCAGGCCGUGGGGGCCGCGGGCGAGUUCGGGGGCCACGACAAGCCCAAGAUCACGGCGUGGGAGGCGGGCUGGAACGUGACCAACGCUAUCCAGGGUAUGUUCGUGCUGGGCCUGCCCUACGCCAUCCUGCACGGCGGCUACCUGGGGCUGUUCCUCAUCAUCUUCGCCGCCGUGGUGUGCUGCUACACCGGCAAGAUCCUCAUCGCCUGCCUGUACGAGGAGAACGAGGACGGCGAGGUGGUGCGCGUGCGGGACUCGUACGUGGCCAUCGCCAACGCGUGCUGCGCCCCGCGCUUCCCCACGCUGGGCGGGCGCGUGGUGAACGUGGCGCAGAUCAUCGAGCUGGUCAUGACCUGCAUCCUGUACGUGGUGGUGAGCGGCAACCUCAUGUACAACAGCUUCCCGGGGCUGCCCGUGUCGCAGAAGUCCUGGUCCAUCAUCGCCACGGCGCUGCUGCUGCCCUGCGCCUUCCUCAAGAACCUCAAGGCCGUGUCCCGGUUCAGCCUGCUGUGCACGCUGGCCCACUUCGUCAUCAACAUCCUGGUCAUCGCCUACUGCCUGUCGCGGGCGCGCGACUGGGCCUGGGAGAAGGUCAAGUUCUACAUCGAUGUCAAGAAGUUCCCCAUCUCCAUCGGCAUCAUCGUGUUCAGCUACACGUCGCAGAUCUUCCUGCCCUCGCUGGAGGGCAACAUGCAGCGGCCCGCCGAGUUCCACUGCAUGAUGAACUGGACGCACGUGGCCGCCUGCGUGCUCAAGGGCCUCUUCGCCCUCGUCGCCUACCUCACCUGGGCCGACGAGACCAAGGAGGUCAUCACGGACAACCUGCCCGGCUCCAUCCGCGCCGUGGUCAACCUCUUCCUGGUGGCCAAGGCGCUGCUGUCCUACCCGCUGCCCUUCUUCGCCGCCGUCGAGGUGCUGGAGAAGUCGCUCUUCCAGGAGGGCGGCCGCGCCUUCUUCCCCGCCUGCUACGGCGGCGACGGCCGCCUCAAGCCCUGGGGGCUGACGCUGCGCUGCGCGCUCGUGGUCUUCACGCUGCUCAUGGCCAUCUACGUGCCGCACUUCGCGCUGCUCAUGGGCCUCACGGGCAGCCUCACGGGCGCCGGCCUCUGCUUCCUGCUGCCCAGCCUCUUCCACCUGCGCCUGCUCUGGCGCAAGCUGCUCUGGCACCAGGUCUUCUUCGACGUGGCCAUCUUCGUCAUCGGCGGCAUCUGCAGCGUGUCCGGCUUCGUGCACUCGCUCGAGGGCCUCAUCGAGGCCUACGGGACCAACGCGGAGGACUAG